CUUAUUGCUUGCUCUGUAUUUUAUGUCAAUAUUUAAUGAAUUUCACUUUAAACAAUUACACACGCAUACACGUACACAUUCACACAUACAAAGUUUAAGACCAACAGCCAAUUAAUCACAAAGAACAACAAAAUUUAGCAGUAGGUGGCAACAACAAUCAAUCAACAUCAUGAUCUAUUUACAGUAUUGUUGCUUCUGCGUAGAUUUGCGCAUAGGCACGUAUAUAGUGUGUGCUCUGGACCUACUAAUAGAUCUAAUAUUCGGUAUUAUUAUAGCGAUAUUUGGCGAAAAUGGCAUACCCGAUUUGGGUCACAAGCUCUUUCUGGUGUUUAUGUUUGUACAUUUGAUAUGCUCAGUUAUGUUAUUGCUGGGCACUAUAUGGCUGCGUCCUCGUUUAAUGCUGCCGUAUAUAAUAACCACGCUGGUAAAAAUAUUUGCUAUGAUAGUACUGAUUGUAUCGGAUCUGAUAUUAAAAAUAUGGAUAGUAGUUAUAAUACUCUAUGUCGUUAUGUUUGUUGUCAGCAUUUACUUCUGGCUGGUUGUUUAUUCAUUUUAUGCCGCACUGGGCGGUCAUCUAUUUAUCUGAGCCAGACAAACUUUGCUUUA